CGAGGCUUUGCGUCACGCGCGAAGGUGACGGUUGAAGAGGCAGGGAGUCGCGAGAGCCACUGACAGUCCACACCGCAGCUCGAGAGCCGUUACAGCGCCGAGUCACGCGCUCCGGUAUGGCGGUGUUUCAUUAAAGACACACAGAGACACCGCGCCGUCCUUCACCGCCGCUCUGAGCUCUGAUUUACACCGGAAACCGAGAUUUAAUUUAACUGGAGCGCUUAUGCGCCGCUGCGGCGGGGAGCGCGAGACACUGGCCUGAGAGAAGAAAGGAGAGAGAGAGAGAGAGAGAGAGAGAGAGAGAGAGAGAGAGAGAGAGAGAGAUUGUGGUGUUGAGAUAAAACACACGGACAAUGGCGGACCGUGAUGCUCUGCCGCUUCCUCUGGAGGUGAGGGCGAGACUGGCGGAGCUGGAGCUCGAGCUGUCGGAAGGUGAUAUUACACAGAAAGGUUAUGAGAAGAAGAGAGCUAAACUGAUCAGUGCUUAUCUUCCACAACCUCCAGGGCUGGACAUGUCAAUGGCACACGAGCGCAGGCCCCCCAUGGUUCCCUCUUCUGCCUCCCGUUACCACCGCAGACGUUCCUCAGGCACCCGGGACGAGCGUUACAGAUCAGAUGUUCACACUGAAGCAGUUCAGGCUGCUCUUGCUAAACACAAAGAGAGGAAGGUGGCCGUGCCGAUGCCGUCCAAACGCCGCUCACUGGUGGUACAAACGUCCAUGGACGCCUACACACCUCCAGGCCUCUCCCCGCUCUCGUCUCUGCCCCCGCUGACAGACACGUCGUCUGGCUCAGAGGAGGAGGGGCUUCAUGGAGAGGGCACGCCCACCUCCAGCCAGGGUAGCGCCAGCAUGGAGCACUGGAUCAGCCGCGCCAUCCACCACGGCUCCACCACCUCAUCCUCAUCCUCGUCUACACAGAGUGGAGGGAGCGGCGCCGCCAGCCGUCUUGCAGAUGUCCUCGCCCAGACACACAUGGGCAAACCAGGGCCGAUCGCUCACCUCUCUCUGAAGAGGAAAACAAUUCUCGGUGUAGCUGAGAACGGAAACUCGCUGCGUCGCUCCUGUGAGUUCGGGUCUGAUCUCCUCUGGCCGCCACCCCUCGAGUCGGAUGAGAACCACUCGGCCCCUCCAGAUGUCACCACCUACACCUCCGAGCUCCCAGCACAGGUGGAGAGACCGCAGGUGUCCACUGUCCCCCGCACCACCCAGAAGUACGGCAAUGCUGAGCUCAUGGAAACUGGAGACGGGGUCCCGGUCAGCAGUCGAGUCUCUGCCAAGAUCCAGCAGCUUGUAAACACUCUGAAGCAGCCAAGACGGCCUCCACUGCGUGAGUUCUUUGUGGAUGAUUUUGAGGAGCUUCUUGAGGUCCAGCAGCCCGACCCGAACCAGCCCCGGCCUGAGGGAGCGCAGAUGAUGACCAUGAGAGGAGAGCAGCUUGGAGUGGUGACCAACUGGCCUCCAUCACUAGAGGCAGCACUGCAGCGAUGGGGAACCAUCUCUCCUAAAGCUCCCUGUCUCACCACCAUGGACACUAAUGGCAAGCCGCUUUAUGUCCUCACGUACGGGAAAUUGUGGUCACGCAGCAUCAAAGUUGCCUACAACAUCCUGCACAAACUGGGGACCAAACUGGAGCCCAUGGUGCGGCCGGGAGACCGGGUGGCUCUGGUGUUCCCGAAUAACGACCCCGCUGCGUUCAUGGUGGCGUUUUAUGGCUGUUUAUUGGCUGAGGUUGUCCCAGUGCCAAUAGAGGUGCCUCUGACCCGUAAGGACGCAGGCAGUCAGCAGAUCGGCUUCCUCCUCGGGAGCUGUGGAGUUACUGUGGCUCUGACCAGUGACGCCUGCCAUAAGGGGCUCCCUAAAGGCCCCACCGGAGAAAUCCCACAGUUCAAAGGUUGGCCGAAGUUGCUGUGGUUCGUCACAGAAUCAAAACACCUCUCUAAGCCUCCACGUGAUUGGUUCCCACAUAUUAAAGAUGCAAACAAUGACACGGCCUACAUCGAGUAUAAGACCUGUAAGGACGGCAGUGUAUUGGGCGUUACAGUGAUGAGGAUUGCUCUGCUCACACACUGCCAGGCUCUCACACAGUCAUGCGGAUACACAGAGGCGGAGACCAUAGUGAAUGUGUUAGACUUUAAGAAGGAUGUGGGUCUGUGGCACGGAAUUCUGACGAGUGUGAUGAACAUGAUGCAUGUGAUCAGUAUCCCGUACUCUCUGAUGAAGGUUAAUCCAUUGUCCUGGAUCCAGAAAGUGUGUCAGUAUAAAGCUAAAGUGGCAUGUGUGAAGAGCAGGGACAUGCACUGGGCUCUGGUGGCUCACAGAGAUCAGAGAGACAUCAACCUUAGUUCACUGCGCAUGCUGGUGGUGGCUGAUGGAUCAAACCCCUGGUCGAUCUCAUCAUGUGAUGCAUUCUUAAACGUAUUCCAGAGUAAGGGUCUGAGACCGGAGGUCAUCUGUCCGUGUGCUAGCUCACCUGAAGCUCUUACUGUCGCAAUCAGGAGACCCACAGAUGACAGCAGUCAGCCACCUGGCCGAGGGGUUUUGUCCAUGCAGGGUCUGAGCCAUGGAGUCAUAAGAGUGGACACUGAAGAACGUCUUGCUGUUCUCACAGUACAGGACGUGGGCACAGUCAUGCCUGGAGCAUUGAUGUGUGUGGUGAAACCAGAAGGAGUUCCACAGUUGUGCCGAACAGAUGAGAUUGGAGAGUUGUGUGUUUGCUCUAUCGCCACGGGAACGUCGUACUACGGUCUGUCUGGGAUGACCAAGAACACCUUUGAGGUUUUUCCUAUGAGCAGCUCAGGAGCUCUGAUCAGUGAGUACCCAUUCACGCGGACCGGGCUGCUGGGCUUCGUUGGUCCUGGGGGUCUUGUGUUCAUUGCUGGCAAGAUGGAUGGUCUGAUGGUGGUCAGUGGCCGGAGACACAAUGCUGAUGACAUUGUGGCCACAGCACUCGCUGUAGAACCCAUGAAGUUUGUGUACAGAGGCAGGAUAGCUGUGUUCUCUGUGACAGUUCUACAUGACGAGCGGAUCGUGGUGGUGGCGGAACAGAGACCCGACUCCACAGAGGAGGACAGUUUCCAGUGGAUGAGUCGAGUGCUGCAGGCCAUAGAUAGUAUCCACAACGUAGGUGUGUUCUGUUUGGCACUGGUUCCUGCGAACACACUGCCCAAGACGCCGCUGGGAGGAAUCCACCUGUCUGAAACCAAGCAGCUGUUUCUGGAAGGUUCUCUGCAUCCCUGUAAUGUACUCAUGUGUCCUCACACCUGCGUCACCAACCUGCCCAAACCCCGACAGAAACAACCAGAGAUUGGUCCUGCAUCAGUGAUGGUGGGGAAUCUGGUAUCAGGGAAAAGAAUCGCGCAGGCGAGUGGGAGAGACCUGGGACAGAUUGAAGACAAUGAUCAGGCAAGAAAGUUCCUGUUCUUGUCUGAAGUGUUGCAGUGGCGAGCGCAGACCACCCCGGACCAUGUGCUCUUUACCCUGCUCAGCUCACGGGGGGCGGUCCUGAGCUCACUGACCUGUGUACAGCUUCAUAAGCGUGCGGAGAAGAUUGCAGCAAUGCUGAUGGAGCGAGGACAGCUGCAGGACGGCGCUCACGUGGCUCUGGUUUAUCCCCCCGGUAUUGACCUGAUUGCAGCGUUUUACGGGUGUCUGUACGCGGGAUGUGUGCCCAUCACCGUGCGCCCGCCGCACCCUCAGAACAUCGCCACCACGCUGCCAACUGUGAAGAUGAUUGUGGAGGUGAGCCGCUCGUCCUGUGUGAUGACUACACAGGCGAUAAGUAAACUUCUGAAGUCCAAGGAAGCGUCUGCUGCAGUGGAUAUCAGGGCGUGGCCUCUGGUCCUGGACACAGAUGAUCUGCCAAAGAAAAAGCCCCCUCAGCUAUACAAGCCCUCAAACCCGGACACACUGGCCUACCUGGACUUCAGUGUGUCCACCACAGGGAUGCUUGCAGGAGUAAAGAUGUCUCACUCUGCCACUAGUGCCUUCUGCCGCUCAAUCAAGCUCCAGUGUGAGCUUUACCCCUCGCGUGAAGUGGCCAUCUGCCUCGACCCCUACUGCGGUCUGGGCUUCGUCCUUUGGUGCCUCUGCAGUGUGUACUCAGGGCACCAGUCCAUCCUGAUCCCACCAUCAGAGUUGGAAGUGAAUCCUGCGCUCUGGCUGCUGGCCGUCAGUCAGUUCCGCGUCAGAGACACAUUCUGCUCGUACUCCGUCAUGGAGCUGUGCACUAAAGGCCUGGGUCUGCAGACCGAGUCACUGAAGUCUCGUGGGUUGGACCUGUCCCGUGUGAGGACGUGUGUGGUGGUGGCGGAGGAAAGACCCCGCAUCGCUCUCACUCAGUCUUUCUCCAAGCUGUUUAAAGAUCUUGGCCUUCACCCGCGCGCCGUCAGCACCUCCUUCGGCUGCAGAGUGAAUCUCGCAAUCUGUCUGCAGCCCCACAGACUUGGGAAGAUUGAUCAGGGUACUUCUGGACCAGACCCAACAACUGUGUAUGUGGACAUGAGAGCACUCAGACACGACAGGGUGCGUCUGGUUGAGCGAGGAUCUCCACACAGUCUGCCGCUCAUGGAGUCUGGGAAGAUUUUACCCGGAGUACGCAUCAUAAUUGCUAAUCCUGAAACCAAGGGUCCUUUAGGAGAUUCUCAUCUCGGAGAGAUUUGGGUGCACAGCAGUCACAACGGGAGCGGUUAUUUCACAGUGUAUGGAGACGAGAUGCUGCAGUCCGACCACUUCAACUCUCGCCUGAGCUUCGGAGACACGCAGACCGUGUGGGCAAGAACCGGAUACCUGGGGUUCCUGAGACGCACUGAGCUCACUGACGCCAGUGGAGAGAGACACGAUGCCCUGUACGUGGUUGGAGCUCUGGACGAGGCGAUGGAGCUCAGAGGGAUGAGGUAUCACCCCAUCGACAUCGAGACCUCCGUCAUCCGCGCACACAAAAGCAUUAUGGAGUGUGCUGUGUUCCCAUGGACUAACCUGCUGGUGGUGGUGGUGGAGUUGGAGGGCUCGGAGCAAGAGGCAUUGGAUUUGGUGCCGUUGGUGACGAAUGCCGUGUUGGAGGAACAUUACCUGAUUGUGGGUGUGGUCGUGGUGGUGGACAUCGGUGUCAUUCCCAUCAACUCCCGUGGAGAGAAACAGCGGAUGCACCUGCGUGACGGCUUUCUGGCCGAUCAGCUCGACCCCAUUUAUGUGGCCUACAACAUGUAGCUGCGUUUGGGUGUAUAGCUGUGUCUGCUAAUGAUGUGGGCGGAGCCUCAGCACCAACAAUGACAUCAUACUGACAAUGAAGAUCACAAAGACAUAGGACCAGUGAUAGAGACGGAGGAAAGAUGGAGGACAGAGAAUGGGGUCGGGGUGGAGGAAGUUCGCGGGUUGUGUUUCUCUGGAGCUUUUGCUUGCCUGGAAAUUCGCUUUUCACUAAAGUGUCGCACUUCUUUUUCUUCAUUUGAGGCCAAACUGAGUAAAGAGACAUUUUUACA